ACAACAUUUACAGUGUAUUCACGACACUUGUGCACAAGCUUAAAAUCGUCGUCUUAGAACUGUAAUAGUUAUAACUUGUCUUGCGGAAUAAAUAAACAAAACAGUGAAAGUGAGUUUAAUUAUAGAAAAAUAGAGAAAAUGAACACUCAAACACUUCGCCAACAAUUGUUGAGCUUAAGUUCAUCAUCUGGUGGACACAAAGAACUUGCAGAUCGUUAUCGUUCUUUGUUGGAACAAAUUUUCUUGGCAAAAGAUCCAAAUCAAAGUGAAUGGAUGAGAAUUUUUAUUGAAGCAAUUGUCAAUGAUCAAGUGAGUUUGGUAAUUUCGAGACAAAUUCUUACUGAAAUUUGUAUCCAAUUCAAAUCACUUCCGGAUGAUGUUUCAGCGGCAAUUUCUCAUUUCACUUUGGAUCGUGUACAACCACGAGUUAUUUCAUUUGAGGAACAAGUUGCAACAAUUCGACAACAUCUCGCAUCAAUUUAUGAACGUCAAGAACAAUGGCGCGAAGCUGCAAAUGUCCUCGGACUUAUUCCUUUAGAAACUGGUCAAAGACAAUAUUCUGUCGAAUAUAAAUUAGAAACUUAUUUGAAAAUCGCUCGCUUAUAUCUUGAAGAUGAAGAUGCGGCAAUGGCUGAAUCAUUUAUAAAUCGCGCUUCAAUGCUUCAAGCUGAUACUAAAAACGAAACACUACAAAUUCUCUAUAAGGUUUGCUAUGCUCGUGUGUUAGAUUAUCGUCGUAAGUUUAUUGAAGCUGCACAACGUUAUAAUGAACUAUCGUACCGCAGUGAAGUUGAUGAGACAGAACGAUUAGUUGCUUUGAAAAAAGCUUUGAUUUGCACAGUUUUGGCAUCAGCUGGACAGCAACGUUCAAGAAUGCUUGCAACAUUGUUCAAGGAUGAGCGUUGUCAAAAUUUACCAGCUUUCAAUAUACUAGAGAAGAUGUAUUUAGAUCGUAUUAUUAAACGAACAGAAUUGCAAGAGUUUGAAGCUCUUCUGAUGGAUCAUCAAAAAGCAAAAACACCCGACGGAUCAUCAAUUCUUGAUCGUGCAGUGUUUGAGCACAAUUUGUUGUCAGCAAGUAAAUUGUACAAUAACAUAACGUUUGAAGAACUUGGUGCACUCUUGGAAAUUCCACCAAAAAAAGCUGAACGGAUUGCAAGCCAAAUGAUCACUGAAGGCCGAAUGAAUGGUUACAUUGAUCAAAUUGACAGCAUUGUUAAUUUUGAAGCCCGCGAAAUCCUUCCACAAUGGGAUAAACAAAUACAAAGUCUUUGCUAUCAGGUCAAUAAUAUCAUUGAGAAAAUUACCCAAGCCGAACCUGAUUGGAUUACAAAGAAAUUGGAUGAAGAAAUGAUUCAAUAAAAUUCUAACCAAUCAUUAAAACUUUCAUAAAUAAUUAAAUGAGUGAAGAAAUAAAAAAAAUGAAACUCUCUAAUUAAGUUUUUA